UGCAUGAAGAGAGUCGCGCUCAAACCCUCAAAUAGUCGCGGGAUAUAUACGUCAUUGUAGCGCCGUAGACAAACACGGAAACUUAACUUAAGGUGAGCAAUGAUUUUGCCGUUUGUGAUACUCUUCGUAGUGUUUUACGUAGCUUCGAUAAAAUGGAUUUGUCAUCGUUAUAACAGGACAUUCUUAAUGUCAGGUCUUAAACUUUUAUUCAAUGACCGUCGACAUCAAAUGGGUUUCCGAGAUGUAAAUGAAGUGUCUCUCCCGCCAGAUUCAGUCCGAGCGUUGGUUGUCAUUGCACACCCGGACGAUGAAUGCAUGUUUUUUGCACCUUCUAUAUUAACGUUGUUAAAGCAAAAUGCUUCUGUGCAUUUGUUAUGCUUGUCAUCUGGCAAUUACUACAACCAAGGCGUACAGCGCAAAAAUGAACUCUUCGACAGUGCCGCAGUUUUGGGGAUACCGGCAUCCCGAGUCUCCGUAAUUGAGCACAAAGAGCUUCAAGAUGACCCCAAAGCAGACUGGAGCAUUUCUCUGACAUCGUCUCUGAUUUUGAAACACAUCCAGAUACAUGCCAUUAACGCUGUACUGACAUUCGACGGAAGAGGAGUGAGUGGCCAUGCCAAUCACAUUGUCAUCUACAAGGCCUUCAAUCAUCUUGCUGUCACUGGGAAAAUACCACAUAGCUGUCAUGUACUGUGUUUGGACACCAUCAGCGUUUUCAGAAAGUACCUCUCUAUCUUGGAGCUGCCAAUUAGUUGGCUAAUUCCUUCUGACCUCUGCUGCAUAAGUGGACCAAAAGAAUACAAUCAAGCCAAAAGGGCCAUGUUCUGUCAUCGCAGCCAGCUGUUGUGGUUUCGCCACCUGUACAUAUUCUUUUCUCGCUAUAUGUUUGUCAACACAUUCCAAGCCAUCCCCCUUCACAGAAAAGAUAUAAAAGUAUAUUAGUGUGUAUGACCUAUCAUUUUCCCACACUGAAGAAUGCCCUGACUUUGAGGUAACAGGCUACUGACCAAUGCAUUGUGAUCAACUGUAUGUUGCGGUUCCAUGGACUAGUCUGCAUAAACAUGCAGUUAGACCAUAUUUUAGUUUCACUUGUUCAUGAACGGAAGCUGCUACUGUAUGCACUGACAUUUCUUUUUAUGUAACUGAUUGUACUUUCUUUCUAAUUUUCACAUUUUCUUUCUGAACUUUUGUUAAACACUGUAUAUAAUCAAGGGCUCAUGUUGAACCCUGUCAGUUGAAGGAGUUGUUUUCUUUGUUAUAAAUUGGUUCCUGACUUUCUCCCGAAGAAAAUAUGUCAUGUCAAGGCAUUUAUUUCAUGGAGACGUUUAGGACUGUUCUGUUAUUUAGUUCUUAAGUUUGUAAUGUUGAAUUGUAGUAGGCCUAUUUUUACAUUCAUAUUACACAGAGAUGCACCUCAUGUACUUUUAAAGUGAUUUGAAAGGCCUUCUUUAAUCUGUGAGAUGGAGACGAAAAAAUGUAUCUCUUUACUGUUCCAAUGUCGAGGAUCCUUCGAGUUCUACCAAGAACCGAAUCCUUAAAUCAGAGCCUUUUUUUUUUUAAAGUAGCGCAGAAUUUUAAUGUGAAUUUUUUCAAUAAGCACUGUUCCAUUGUUUGUUCUUCCGAACGCUAGGAAGAGGAAGAGUCUCCAUUGCCAUUGUGAUUGUAGUAUGCACUGCUAUGAAACAUGAAAUAAAGAGGGGGAGGUUUGAUUCAUG